AUGGAAGACUUCUGGGAUAACCACAGCUUCGUGUCUGAGUUCAUCCUUCUAGGUUUCUCCAGGGAUUCCCGAAUUAAUGCAAUCCUCUUCAACAUCUUUCUCUUCCUCUACCUCUCUACACUUGUGGGCAAUGGGCUCAUUGUCAUCUUGAUCCACCUUGACUCCCACCUCCACACACCCAUGUACUUCCUCCUUAGUGCCCUUUCCAUGCUGGACGUGAGCUACGUUACCACUACUGUGCCCCAGAUGUUGAUGCAUGUGGUCUGCCAGAAGAAAACUAUCUCCUAUGUUGGAUGUGUGUCCCAGAUGUACAUCUUCUUGGUUUUGGGAAUCACUGAAGGCUGGCUGUUCUCUGUCAUGGCUUAUAAUAGAUAUGUGGUCAUCUGUUACCCACUCAGAUACAAGGUUAUUAUGAGUCCAUGGCUAUGUGGAGCAAUGAUAGUCUUUUGUGGACUGUGGGGUGUCAGCUGUUCCCUAGUCUAUACUGUCUUCACCAUGUGCCUGCCCUACUGUGGUCCC